AUGGAAAUCCAGUGUUCGAAUCAUACAAAAAAGUCCAUUCACCUACCAAAAAUCCAUUAAAAUUAUUCUCAAAUCAAGAAGGAUAAAUUAAAACAGUUUUUUCGUACUGACAGAAGUAUAUCCGAUACAAAAUAGCAUUAUUUUUACCAUUCGUCCAAAAAAUAAUCACCUUAAUUUAAUGAUCAACCGUAAACCGAAAGAUUGCCUCGAGAGAAUUAGUAAUUGAUAUUGUUGAUCUUUAGCAAAGAAAAAAUCUUGGAUUUUUAAAAGAUUGAUCAACCCACUCAAAGACAUUUAUUAUUGUAAAAAUGGAAAAUCAAUCCAACCACUGUUCAUCGAUAAAUCAAUGCUUAAAUCUACGAUCAAAGCAGUAACAACUCUUUCUCCUCAAAUAAAACUCAAUUAUUUGAUGAAUCUGGAUCUGAUUGUGAGUACUCCUCCAAUUAAUCUUCAGAUGACGAAGACUCUGAUCAAAUCUCGGAAAUGAGAUUCAAGGACUUCGAGAAAGACAUAGACAAGAUAUAGAAGAAAAUAUCAAAUGAUCUCAAUAGAUCUUACUUCGGUUACAUUAAGAAUUAAGAUAAGUUGAAAGAUUUAAUCUCAACCUUUAGAAAGAGAGACUCUCUCAAUCCCUUAUACUUCUUUUGCAUGAAUCAAAACCUAUUUCCCAAAAGAAUUGAUCUUUCCAAUUGUUUAAUUGAAUAAAAAGAAAUGAAUUUUAAAGAUUUGAAAGUCAAUUCAAAAUAUUUCCCAUUGUUAUCCCAAAUGUUAAAAUCCAAAAAGUGCAAAAAAGUGAGAUCUGUCAUCCUAUCAUCCAAUCACUUGAGAGAGCAUUCAUUAUCAAUAUUUAUUGAUUCCUUUCCAGACUCAUUAAAAGACUUGAACAUCUCCUAAAAUGAACUCGGAAGACAAGGAGCCCUACUGAUUGCCAAAUUAUUCAACAAACACAAGAGCUUGAAGGCCUUGAAUAUAGCAAGCAACUUGUUGGGCGAUUAAGGAGCAAUUACCAUUCUUAAUGCAAUACGAGAAGCUCGAACAGUCAAAAAAUUGAAUCUGUCUCAAAAUCAGAUCACUGACAAUGCAACUCUAGAAUUAUAGAACUUCUUACUCACAAAUCAAUCGAUUGAAGUCUUAAUUUUAAACUGGAAUCAACUAGGACCUCAAUCAGGAAUUGGUAUAGCUAAGGCUUUGAAUUAGAACAAGAAUCUAAAGGUGCUCGAUUUAAGCUAUAAUCAUUUAGGGUUCAAUGAAAAGAGCAAUUGCAUAAUGUAAUGGUGUCAAUUAAUCGAAAAUCCUAAUUUAGCCUUGUGUCACUUAGAUAUUUCAUACAAUCAAAUAAAUGAGAAAUAGAUGGCCUUAUUGCAAAAGGCUCUCGCAAAAAACAAUACACUUUAUGGUAUACAUAUAGAAGGGAACAAAUGCCCCGCCUUUAUUGAUGCUUUUGGGUUUUUGCAAUUCUCAAAACAGGAAAAUUUGAUGAAGUAGGUGCAGCAAAAGAAAAUACAAAUUGAUGGAGUCAAUUACAUCCCGUUAUGUAACUCUCAAGAACUGUAAUUUAAUUGCUGUUGGAUUUGUUAAGGAUGGAAGGAACACCAAUUUACUUAUACUCCUGAGUAAAAUAGUGAAUAAGUACCAAUAUUUCUGCAUUUGGACUUCCUUAAUUAUAAGCCCAUUCCGUUGACUUCAAGCUUCGAAAUGAAAUAAUAACUGAUGGAAUAAAACAGAAGCAAUAAAUAAUUAGAACUUACUACUGGAGAGAUUAUUCAUUAAUUAAAAUCAAUAACAGAUACUGAAAAGAAAAUUACUAUGGCAGCUAUUGAAGAGGCAUACCAUGUUGAAACCAAUACUAAAAAUGAAGCCUAAAACCAAAUUAAAGAGGAGUUUAAUAAGUUGUAUUACACUACUUAUCAGAUGUGUCCACCAAAAAGCAAGAUUUUAUAUUUUUUCUCUGAUCCUCUGAGAGAGAGAUACUUUUAAGACCCAAGUUUAGAGUAUAUCUAAAGUCCUCUCGAUGACUUAAUUUUAUAAGGGAAGGAUCCUAAGCAUUAGGUGCAUAUUUUCACAGAUAAUACUUAAAUUCCUUUUUAAAAAAUCAACUUUGUUAAUGUUUUGAUCACGAAGUAAGAAUAUGUCAUAGAUGAUAAAAAUAACUAUAAGGCUUUAAUUAAAGUGAAACCAAGGACUGUGUAAAGGAGAUAUAUUUUGACGAAAUAUUUAGGGAAUUUUAAACAUAGAAAAGGGAAUGUUGGCAUUUGGUCAAAGGAUGAUUCUCUCAUUUUCAGGGGCAUGAAUGGGGAUUCGGUGGAUAUUUUGGAUCAGGCAUUCGAACAGGAUUGGAGUUGUUCUAAGAUUUAAAGAUUUGUAAAGAGUGAUUACGAGAAGAUAAAAUUGAGAGAAUAUUUUAGAUAGAAAUAUCAAUUGAUAAAAGACAUCUAUAAAUAUUUUUCUAGUUUUGGAUACUAGCCACCUUUAUUUGAUGUUUUCUGUAUAUAGUAUGGCUAAUUCAAUAAGAUUCUGGCUUCACUUGUUGAUGGUGAAAACUUGAAGUAAUCCGAUGUUGAGAGUGACUUGGUUUCAAUAAAAAAUAAUGUAGAUUCUAAAUUUAUUUACAACCCUGACAAGGCUAUAAUUAGAUAUUAAUUUAUGGAAGUUCUCUUUAGAUUGGCUAACGAUAAAUUUAUUCGAUCAGGAUAAUGUAAGAAUUUUGCUGAUGCAGUCUAUAGAUUACUGAAGGAACUGGAACAGCAUUAUGAAAUUCUAGACAACAGUCAAAAGUGGAGAGAGUAGAGAUUUUGGACAAAGGAAGUAGAUAUGAUACUGUAAUUUAAAUCAGCCUUUUUAAAGAAACUAUACGAUUUAGCUUCAGAUUUAACCAGUAAGAAAUGGUACUUUAAAUUGAAGUGGGUGUCCAUCAAAGAGUUCAGAGAGUUUUGUAAAUUAUAUGCGAAUGAUAUACUGUCUGAAAAAUAAGUGACAGUAAUUUUUAAUUUUUCUAUGUAAACCUAAGCUGACGAGGUGACUUAAGAUCGAUUUUUAAGGAUGACUUAUAAUGAGUUUUUGGAGGCAUUAGGGAGAGUGGCUGAAAAGAUAAGUCCUGCUCCCAUAGGGGAAGAUGCUUAGGUAUGGCCAGUUCUAGCUAGACAGACUCUGCCAUUGCAUAUAAAAUUAGAGUCAUUGUUAACGUUUAUAUUUCUCAAAUUGAGGAGACAACCUGAAUUUGUUUAAUUUACAGAAUUAUUCUGCAGAGAUAAUGUUGAUGCUUAGGAAACCCGUAUUAUUUUUAUGCCAAAGGUCUAUGAAAAGCAAUCGAAGUUAGAGAAUUCAGAUGAGUUCAUCAUUACAACUAAUCAAUUAACUGUAUACAAUACGAUAUCAUUUAUCAAUUCUCAUCAUCAACCGUAUUUGCAUCCAAAUUAUAGAAAUUUCAUGUAAUAGAUUGUUAAAAAGAGGACUCUGAUUAAUCCAAACACAAUUUAUACAUUGAACAAUAAUGGAUUCAGUAGACAGACUACAGGGAGGACAACUAUUUAUGAACAAUAGCAAUAAGCCUUGUAAACAAACAAUAUGAUAGCGGUAAUGGAAGAGUAUGAUGAUUAAUGA